GGCGCGCGGGAGGUGGCCGCGGCCCGGGGCCACCGCGCGCCGCUGCCCAACAUGGUCGCUGCGCACGCUGCACACUCUCCGUCCUCGGCCGAGUGGAUUGCCUGCCUAGAUAAAAGGCCGUUGGAGCGAUCGAGUGAAGAUGUGGACAUAAUCUUCACGCGCCUGAAAGAAGUGAAAGCUUUUGAGAAAUUCCACCCAAACCUCCUACAUCAGAUUUGUUUAUGCGGUUAUUAUGAGAACCUGGAGAAAGGAAUAACACUAUUUCGCCAAGGUGAUAUUGGAACCAACUGGUACGCUGUCCUAGCCGGGUCUUUGGAUGUUAAAGUUUCUGAGACUAGCAGCCACCAGGAUGCUGUUACCAUCUGCACCCUGGGGAUCGGGACAGCCUUUGGAGAGUCCAUACUGGACAACACGCCCCGCCAUGCGACCAUCGUUACCAGAGAGAGCAGUGAACUCCUCCGCAUUGAACAGGAAGACUUCAAGACACUAUGGGAGAAAUACCGACAGUAUAUGGCCGGCCUUCUGGCUCCUCCCUAUGGUGUUAUGGAAACGGGCUCCAACAAUGACAGGAUUCCCGACAAGGAGAAUACACCUCUCAUUGAACCUCACGUUCCUCUCCGUCCUGCUAACACCAUUACCAAGGUCCCUUCAGAGAAGAUCCUCCGAGCUGGGAAAAUCUUACGAAUUGCCAUUCUCUCUCGAGCACCCCACAUGAUAAGAGACAGAAAAUACCACCUAAAGACAUACAGACAAUGCUGUGUCGGGACUGAACUGGUAGACUGGAUGAUACAGCAAACGUCCUGCGUUCACUCCCGGACUCAAGCUGUUGGCAUGUGGCAGGUCUUGCUGGAAGAUGGCGUCCUCAACCAUGUGGACCAGGAGCGCCAUUUCCAAGACAAAUAUUUAUUUUAUCGAUUUCUGGAUGACGAGCACGAGGAUGCCCCUUUGCCUACUGAGGAGGAGAAGAAGGAGUGUGACGAGGAGCUCCAGGACACCAUGCUGCUGUUGUCUCAGAUGGGCCCCGAUGCCCACAUGAGGAUGAUCCUGCGCAAACCGCCUGGCCAGAGGACUGUGGAUGACCUAGAGAUUAUCUAUGAUGAGCUUCUUCAUAUCAAAGCCUUAUCCCAUCUUUCUACCACAGUGAAGCGGGAGUUAGCGGGGGUUCUCAUCUUCGAGUCUCAUGCCAAAGGAGGAACUGUGCUGUUUAACCAGGGGGAAGAAGGUACCUCCUGGUACAUUAUUCUAAAAGGAUCGGUGAAUGUAGUCAUUUAUGGCAAGGGCGUGGUCUGCACCCUGCACGAGGGAGAUGACUUUGGCAAGUUGGCCCUUGUGAAUGACGCCCCGCGAGCGGCCUCCAUUGUUCUCCGAGAAGACAACUGUCACUUCCUAAGAGUCGACAAGGAAGAUUUCAACCGGAUUUUGAGGGACGUUGAGGCGAAUACAGUCAGACUUAAAGAACAUGACCAAGAUGUCUUGGUGCUGGAGAAGGUCCCAGCGGGGAGCAGAGCUUCUAAUCAAGGAAACUCACAGCCUCAGCAAAAGUACACUGUGAUGUCAGGAACGCCUGAAAAAAUUUUAGAGCAUUUUUUAGAAACAAUACGCCUUGAGCCGUCUUUGAAUGAAGCAACAGACUCAGUUUUAAACGACUUUGUUAUGAUGCACUGUGUUUUUAUGCCAAAUACCCAGCUUUGCCCUGCCCUGGUGGCCCAAUAUCCUUUUGCUGUGCUCACCCGUAAUUCUCUCUGAAGUCAACAGAAGGUGAGGAUGGGAGAUUUGAGUUGAAUGCAUUACUCAGAGGGAGCUGCGAGAGUGAGAUUUGGGUGUUUAUUUGCCUGGAAACUAUAUUUCCAAAGUAAUGACAGCUUAAUGAGUCUUACCUAUAUUAUGGAUUCUUUCGGGCUCAUCUUCAGUUUUGUGAAGUAAAAUUAACAUAUUCGGGGCCUCCUCAUGCUCUCUCCUCUCUAUAUGUGACGAUCAUUAUGAGACCUUUGAGAUUUGCUGGAAGGAAAAUAAAAACCGCUACUGAGCGCGCCUUAUUUUUUCUCAGUGAUUAGCAUGCCAGUAAGCCUAAAAGCAAGAGAAACCAAAAGAACGUGAGGGUUCGGGUGGGCCAAGCCCUGGCUUUCUAACUUAAAGCUCCCACACGACGCUUGUGCCUGUCUCUUCAUUUCUUAGCUUCUCCCUUUAAGAGGGACUCAGAGCGUUCAUGAUGCAGGCUUGUUUUGAAAAGAGCAGCUCCGGAGGGAAGGCUCAUGCCACGCCCAGGCAGAGAGGGGCGGGGACGAUGGUGCUGGCUAGGGGAAGAAGAAAGAAAGUAAAACAACACAGACACAGGGGACCUGCGUUUCUGGUGCCAACUCCUUUCUCAGCAGACUAGGGAAAGCUGGGCUAUAGAAAGGGCUGUAACUCACACUACCUGGUACCUUCUGACUUCCUCCUUCCCACCGGGCUCUUUGAAGACUUAAAUUCUCUUCACCAUUCUAGCUUGGAUCAGCUCCGAGUUUCAGACACUCUCCUAAGAGCUUUGGACUAUAUACCAUCAGCUUAUCUGCACAAGAUUCUGUUGAGUUAGCCUUAGCAUUCCUUUGCAAAUGUGGACCUUAGAGCGAGCACCCCCAAACGUGGAGUAGUAUCCCCAACGCUCCUCUGGAGUUUAUCAUUUGGUUUCUCUAUAAGUGAUCUCUUUAAAAGCUUACUUAAAUUUUUAGUGGUUCUAUAACCUUUAAUUGCAGUUUAAGAACAUUUCUUGCCAGACAGUGAUGGUGCUCGCCUUUAAUUCCAGCACUUGGCAGGCAGAGGCAGGUGGGUCUCUGUGAGUUCAAGGACAGUCUACAGAGUAAGUUCCAGGAUAGCUAGUAGCUAGAGCUGUUACACAAACCCUGUCUCAAAAAAAAAAAAAAAAAAAAAAAAAAAGGACAUUUCUUGACUGUACAUUGCAUUUUAUACAGGUUUACCUUUGCUUCAGCUGGGUAAAACAAAAGGGCCUUGUUUAAAUCAAAGAAAAUGUCUUAUAGAACUUCUACCUGUAUUAAACAUUCUUGGGGCUCUUUAAAAGAUUCUUUAAAAGGGCGAGGAAGAAGAAGAAGAGGCCUUUUCGGUUCUAAUAGUUUCUAGAAUAUGAAGACCCUUAGGGAUCCCAUUUGGAUAUUUCCCUAGAGAACCCAGGGAUAUUCCAACAAGCUAAUAAAGAGUUUUUCUUGCAGGUGGAGAGAAUUGAAAGUGAGGCUCUGGGCCAUGACAUAGUCUAGUCACUACGGUUCAACCUAAUGUUAGUUCAGUGGCUACUAAGUUAAACUGGGAUUGCAAAACUGAAUUUGAUUUGAUUAACUGUCCUUGUUUUAAGUUUACAUUGUGGCAUGAGGUUAGUGGCUACCACAUCAGGCUGCAAAAGCUUCGGCCUUAUGUUUGAGGGCAGGAGAUUCUAAUGAGGACUGUUCUGUGAUGGCUGGAGAUGAUGUCCUGGGAAGGCAUGAAUAAGAAAAGGGCCGGGGCUCUAUCCUCAAGGUCAUAUAUGUGUAAGGGCGUGUAUAUUACAGUUCUCAGCCCUCCUUUCCUCUCAAGGAGAUGGCGUGGAUAGGGCCAUUAGGUGAGCUACUUUUCUGGUUACAAGCAACACAAACCAACUGUGACUAACUUAAGGAAGAAGGGAACCCAUCCGAAGGUAAUGGGAUAACUUGGCAAAAGGGAUAUUCCAAUGAGCCUUAGGAAGGGGCUUGAGCAAGCAGGAACUUAAGGCCUUACUGGUGGGACAGAUCCACACCAAGCCUUCGGUGCCUUUGCCUCUUUCCCACAUCCUUGGGAAUGAGGGUCUACUUGGCAUUGCGAUCCGUAGGCAUCUGGGCAAGGGGAGGUGAAAGACUUUCUGUAUAGGCUUAUAGAGGAAGCCUGACAAGAGAGAAUGAAUGGAGAAAUGGCUGAUGAUCAGGCAAAGCAACAGCAACAUAUAUGUGUAUAUGCAUGUAUGCAUUGUGUAUGUAUGUGGUGUGUGUAUGUGUGUGCAUGUUUGCUGCACCCCAGAAGCGGCAGGGAUGUUGAAUAGCACUCAGGAAAGUCAGUUGACUCCCUCCUUCCUAGCACAGGCGCAGAGACGGGGAAUUACUUAAGCACAUUUUGUGACUUGGUGGGUUUGGUAAAGUACAGAGUGUUUUCAGAGUGCUUGACAUCCCUGACUUUUCACAGCAGCUCUGCAAAGAAGUACUCAGUAUUUUUUUCCCUGUUCUUUUUCCAAAUCAAUAAACGAGGAUAAUGAAAAAUUAUGAUUUGCUCUGAGAAAGGUAAUUACCAGCACAGAAAAGAUUCAAGCCCGAGCCACUGACACCUAUUUCUGUCCUUAAUCCACAUUGUGUGUCUCUUCCAGUUUUGCUUUUAACAUGGAAAAAAAAGGUGGUAGAACUCAGUUUAACAUUAAUAUAUCAGCCCUUUUAUGUGCUAAUGAGAGAGACUCUAUUCAUUAGAUACACUUUGGACAUGAUUUGACCUGAUGAAUACAAGUGCUUUAUAAUGAGUCUUAAAAUCAUAUUUGUUCACUUCUAUACUUUUCAUCGCCAGCUUUUUAAAUCUUUUGAAAAAAAUCUGCAUUUAAAAUUCAAUUCAAUUUUCCUUUAGUUUAAAAAGAAAAUUAAAGCUGCCCGUAUAUAAAACCUUAUCAUUUCCCAGAUGGAACUAUGACUAACAUUUCGGUGUGUAUUCUAGUCAUCCUUUUUAAUACAUGUAGAUAAAUACUUUUAAGGAAAUUCUCAUUCUGUCUCCCACUUCUGUGUGUGCACGCGUGCGUGUGUGCGUGUGUGUGUGUGUGUGUGCAUGUGUGUUCACACACACAAGGGCAUACAUGCACAUGUAUAUAUGUGAAGGCCAGAAGUUAGCCUUGGGUGCCGUUCCUCAGGACCAAUCCAUGCUGGUUUUUGAGGCAGGGUCUCUCACUAGGACACCGGGCUAGGUCAUUAGGCUAGGCUGGUCCGUGAGCCCUAGGGAUCCACCCGCCCAUACCUUCCAGCUCUGAGCUUACAAGUACACAUCACCAUACCUGGCUUUUUUAGGCGGGUGCUAGGUGUCAACUUGACGUCCUCACGCUUAUACAACAAGGCUUUCGUCAGCUUGGCCAUCUCCCCAGCCUGAUAUAUAGUUGUAAAUACAAGAAUGGGACCGUGUUAUCAUUUCAUAUGCUUUUUCACUACAACAAGGUUUUAUGAAUAUCU